CCGCGCACUGACCCUGCCGCCCCGCCCUGAGCAGAGGGCGCCGCCCGGACCCGGGCAGGACAGGCCCGGCGGUUGGGCUGUUCGGCGUCUUGACGUUCCCUCCCACACUGUGUACUCAGGGGAAGCCAGAAAAUCGCUCGCCAUGUCGGUUACGGAGGCGGGGGGUGUUUUCCGCCGAGCCAGGGGCAGGACCCUAGACGCGUUUCCCUCAGAAAAGGAAAGGGAAUGGAAAGGCCCGUUCUACUUCAUCCAAGGCGCAGACCCACAGUUCGGACUAAUGAAGGCCUGGUCCACUGGGGACAGUGACAGUGGUGGUGACGAGUGGGAGGAGAUCCGUCUAACUGAGCAAGCUGUUGAGGCCAUCAACAAGCUGAAGCCCAAACCCAGGUUCUUUGUGCUUUGCGGGGACCUCAUCCAUGCCAUGCCAGGGAUGCCCUGGCGGAAGGAGCAGACCGCGGACCUGCAGCGGGUGCUCGCGCGCGUGGACAGCGACAUCCCGCUGGUGCUGGUCAGCGGCAACCACGAUGUGGGCAACACCCCCACGCCCGAGACGGUGGCGGAGUUCCAGCGGACCUGGGGGGACGACUAUUUCAGCUUCUGGCUCGGGGGCGUCCUGUUCCUCGUCCUCAACUCCCAGUUCUGGUAUGAUGCCUCCCGAUGCCCCGCCUUGAAGCAGGCGCAGGACCAGUGGCUGGACCAGCAGCUGAGUGUCGCGGGCCAGCGCAAGUGCCAGCACGCCAUUGUCUUCCAGCACAUCCCUCUGUUCCUCCGCAGCAUCGACGAGGAAGACGACUACUUCAACCUCACCAAGUCCGUGCGGAAGGAGGUGGCCGACAAGUUCAUCAGAGCAGGUGUCACAGCUGUGUUCUCAGGCCACUACCACCGGAAUGCUGGGGGCACCUACCAGAACCUGGACAUGGUGGUGUCGUCGGCCAUCGGGUGCCAGUUGGGCCAAGACACCCACGGGCUCCGAGUCGUGGUGGUCACCGCCGAGAAAAUCGUUCAUCGAUACUACAGUUUGGAUGAGCUGAGUGAGAAGGGAAUAGAAGACGAUCUCAUGGGCCUAAUGGAGGAAAAGUGACUGCCCCUUGAGCCUGUGUCUGUCCUUCAUUCCUAGACCCAUAGAUUGCUCCAAGUCCACGGUUCACUUCCACUGGUUUCUUACCCCCCUGUUGAAAUAUAAAAGUAUUCCAGGCCGAUUUGUGGAUUUAUGUCAUUUUGCAUAAAUCAGAGAGCUGGGUCCUAUCCUCCUAAGUUAUAUUCAAAAUAAAGAGCUGCGUUCCCCUUAAAAAAGAGGGGGGUGGGGAAAGCCUGAAAACAAAGGAAUAAAUGAUAUUAGAAUCUUGCUGCCUCAGUGUUUGAGUCAGUUCUCCUAAUGAUGUGUUUCUCAGCUCUGCCUGUGAAAUCGAUUGCUUCUCCGUAGCAGAUGGUAAAAGUCUACCUGUCACCCUCCAUCCCACCUUGAUAUCCAAGUGCAGUCUUUGAUAAUUCCGUGAACAAACCGCAUCUGAUUGUCUUAGAUUGUGUUCACGACUCCCAAAAUACUAGGCAGAAACAAAGGUCAUCGCCUUUCCAUCCUAACAAAGCAAAUCAUUGUAUCCCAUUAUUAGAGCUGCGUGGGCUUUUUUUUUUUUUGGCACAGAACUGAGUAGACAGCACUUGCUAUUAAAUUUUGAGACUCCUACUAUUGUCGAUGAUGCAUUCGAUGCUAGUCAAAGUUGAAUUUGCCUUCUGGGUGACGAGAAAAGCCUCCUUGGCACACAAAUUGGCCAUCUCUAUAAACCUCCCCCUCCCCCCCAGAGACUAGAACUGAAGCCCCAAAGCACCACCUCUCUGUCUGUUUUGAGUUUCUUCACGGUCCCCUCCGAGGGCACAGGAGCUCCGCAGAUUGGCAUUCUUGUGUGAUGGGGAUGGCCCUCUUUGCUGUGUCUCCUUGGACAGAGCAAGUGGGAGUCAUGCAGAGUUCUGAAAAGAAACAAAGCAGAAACCCUGGCGGGCACAGAAACAAUACAUUCAGCCCUGUGAUCUGAAUCGGCGCCGACUUGGAUGAAAUGAACAGGGGGCGGGAUCCGUUGGCAAAGGAGCGCGGGUGGUUUAAGAUCAACACCGUUUUUAUGUGAGCUCCUUUGCCGCUGCCUCUGUGCGGCUGCCGACCACGCGAGAUAGCGUCUGUUGCCUCGUUCGAUAGGGAGCCCCGGCACUCCGUCCCACCUGAACAACCUCACGGCGCCAGGUGGUGGCAUCCGUCAGACCCAAACAACCAGUUACAAAUGAACUGCAAAGUCCAUUAAAUCAAAAGACUUCUUGUUAAAAAGUUUUAGUCAACGUAGCAAAACCGUGAAAAAUUAAAGAGAAGGCUAAUUGCAUAUGUAAAUUCAUAAGGCACAAAAGACAAGAAGUUAAUUAUGCUACAGAUUGGUGAUGCACCAGUAGGUCGUUGUGUUGUGGCACAAGAAAAUUAAAAUCUUUCGGGCGCCUGGGUGGCUCAGUUGGUUAAGCGACUGCCUUCGGCUCAGGUCAUGAUCCUGGAGUCCCGAGAUCGAGUCCCACA